AUGGCCGUCCGCCAGUGGGUAAUAACCCUGGCCUUGGCUGCCCUCCUUGUUGUGGACAGGGAAGUGCCAGUGGCAGCAGGAAAGCUCCCUUUCUCAAGAAUGCCCAUCUGUGAACACAUGGUAGAGUCUCCAACCUGUUCCCAGACGUCCAAUCUGGUCUGCGGCACUGAUGGGCUCACAUAUACGAAUGAAUGCCAGCUCUGCUUGGCCCGGAUAAAAACCAAACAGAACAUCCAGAUCAUGAAAGAUGGCAAAUUCUGAUCCCACAGGAGCACCUCAAGCCAUGAAGUGUCAGGCUGGAGAACAGUGGUGGGCAUGGAGAGGAUAUGACAUGAAAUAAAAGAUCCAGCCCAACUAAGUGAAGUGGUCAGUGUCUCUGGGGACACUGGUUGCAGAGGGGAUAUAGGAGGUGAAUCUUGCAUUGUCACCUCUACUCUGAAUUUGAUGUCCAGCUUCUCUCCGUCCCUCUGGUGCUCCUUAACCCUGUCACAUGUCCCCUCAGAGGUCCCAGUUAUCUUCGCCUGCCUGAGAGGCCAGUCCCUGACCCCAGGAUGCU